AUGAUUCUGUGCCCGAGGAAGAGGGUCGGGCCAUGGCGUAGAAAGUCGACCCUGAUCACGUCGCUCCUUGCCUUCUUCCUCAUCUUGCUCUUCAUCCAGACUCGCAUCCACUACGGCCCUGCACAACCCGACCCUCCCUCAAUACCGCACCCAGCGCCUGUCGCUGAGCCCGAGCCCGCGCCCUCACCGAUCCCCCAAGCAGAACCGUCGCUCAAGGUCACCAACCCUCUGAUCAAGAGCCAGGCCAAAUUCUGGCGGAGUUUAUACCAGAUCAUCCUGAACAACGACCCAAACUGCAGAAAUGCUCCCGACCCUGUUGUUCCUCAAAAGUUGGACAUUGGCUUUGAUCCCACUCGCAACCGACCGAGACCGGACGUAUUGUAUAUGGACACUGCCGACAUCAAGCGCAUGCGUGAGGCGCACUCCAACUUUGUCAGUGAUAUGAGAGGCGUGACUUCAGUGCCAUACGAACCUGGCACUCGAGGUAUCGCCUUGACGGGCGGGUUCAACCAGCUGCCUGUCCUGGUCAUUUCGCUGCGAAUGCUGCGAAGGACCGGGUCCGAUCUGCCAGUUGAAGUGUUCGUUACCGACGAAUCUGAAUGGGACGACGAAAUCUGCAGGACUGUCCUACCUGCCCUCAAUGCGAAAUGCCUCCUCUUCUCCGACAUAUUCCAUGCGGCAAACACGGGCGUAGCGAUCGGCCAUUUCCAAUUCAAGAUCAUGGCUGUCCUCUUUUCUUCCUUCGAAGAAGUCCUGCUCCUCGAUUCCGAUGCGUUUCCUGUUCAAGAUCCUCUUCCUCUAUUCGAAGAAGAGCCGUUUAAGAGCCACGGUCUAAUCGUCUGGCCCGAUUUUUGGUACCCCUCGGAGUCCCCAUACUAUUUCGAAAUUGCCAAAAUCGACUCUCUACCGCCUCUGAAUGAACGAGCUUCGGUCGAGUCGGGCGAGAUUAUGUACUCCAAGGCCAAGCACCACAAGUCGCUUAUGCUUGCCGCAUACUACAAUUUUUACGGACCGUCCUACUACUACCCCUUGCUCUCCCAAGGUGCUCCGGGCGAAGGUGACAAGGAGACGUUUGCUUGGGCAGCGGCUGCCUUGAAAGAGCCCUACUACGCUGUCCAUGAGCGAGUCAUGUCUCUCGGCCGCCAUGACACAAACGGUCAUUAUCUUGGUACUGCUAUGGCUCAGCAUGACCCGAUCGCCGACUAUGCAUUCACCAAAGCCUACGGCCCUCCUCACGAGCGCAACAAGGACGGCGACACCGGCAAAGACAAUCACUUCGACAUACAAGAAAGUGAUGUCAAGCUCUUCUUCAUCCAUGCAAACUUCCCGAAAUUCGAUCCCUCAACCAUUUUCGACCACGAAAUCAAAGGCUUUUCGGAUCAAGUCGUGGGACGGCCCACUCAAGACACGAACGGUACGAACGUCCGCCCCUGGAUGAGUCCGUCUCGCGCUAUUGACUUGUUCGGAUUGGACAUCGAACGACGGUUCUGGGAGGAAAUCAAAGCCACGGCAUGCGAGUAUGAGCAUCAAUUCGGUACUUGGAAGGGCAAAACAGGGAUCUGUCGAUGUACCCAGGAGUACUGGGAUGAUGUAUUUGCGGUGAAUGCGACUGGCACUCCUCUUGACGACCGUCAGCACACGAAAUCCUCCAUCGCGGUGCCUUCACCGUCUUAG